AUUUACUUACUAAAAUGUCGGACGGCAGCCUAGAUGACUUUUUUGAGGAGGCAAGUGAAGAUUCUGAGAAAAGUAAUGAAGAUUGUUCCUGCAAAUCGGGUGAAGAAGACCAGGCAGCGUAUAAAGAUGAUAGCGAACCUUACAACAGCACGAGUGAGAGCGAGAAUGAAUCGCCCCAAAAUUCAUGGAGUGAAAAGACGGUUGAUAGUGUCAGUGAAGAAGUGGAAAAUGAAACUGAUAUGCAUAACGAAGAGAAAAAUAAAAGCGACACGGAAGAUAGUAACAACCAGUACCCCGAUGAUGCUAGCAGAAGUGACGAACUUGAGCUUUUGCAAAUGUCUCAGAGCAACAUCUCAUCCUCGUCUUCUUCGCCUUCCAAGGGCUCGAGAGUCCGGCCGCAGUCUGCCCGGAGCCCCAUGAAGGUCCUCAUCAGCGCCGUGCAGGGUCCGCCCUCGACCUCGACCUCGGACGAGCCUCUGAGAGUCAGCUCGAGCUCCGCGCCCCGCAGAGACACUCCGAGUUUGAGCUCCACCAACCUGAGCCCCGCCAAGAGCGAGCCUCCCAGCGCCUCCCCGCUCCUGGUGAGGAAGAGCCCCAUACACGCCGCCGUUCGGUCCCGCGACGCCUCCCCGAGAGCCCAGGAGUCGGCGCCACAGCAGAGGGAUCUGCAGCUGUCCACAAGCUGCAAGGGGAUCAACAGCGUCCUCAGCAGCAAGGAGCAAUCGAGCAGGGUGUCCUCCGGCGUUUCCUCGGCGAGUCGGCCCCGGUCUGCCGCCGCGCGCCCGAGGAUCAUGGACCGAGGAUCUCCUUUGCACAAGCUUCCUCGCCACCGUCCUCUCGGGAAUUACGCACGCAGUCUGAAGAUGCUCGGGGUGAAGAUGCCCUCGCCGACCCACAAGGCAUCAAGGACCCCCCGCUCAGCGUCCUCGCAGUCGUGGCAGAGCGAAGGGAAGCUACACACGCGCGUGACCCGCCGCUCGACCUCGCUGGAGGACGUGAGCCGCGCCAUCCCGCAGGUCAAGAAUCCGGGCUCGCUCAACGCCCUCACUGUGGACGAGGUCCAGCGUGCCACCCUCAGCCAAGCCGUCUAUGAGGAGUGGUACUUCAAGCGGUGUCGCCAGAUCAGGUCACAGAGGGUCAAGGCCAAAGACAAGCAGAGGGAAGAGGAAAGGACGAAGGAGAUGGGGGGUUUGAUUGCCAACUUGUAA